GUCGGUUGGAGUGUUUCUCACGUGUAGAUGCUGAUAUUUUUGUGUACCCUUCGGACGGUUUCGUGGUUUCGUGUUGAUCUGUUUGAACUCGCAUCGCUGAAGGAAAGCGCCCGUUGCUUGGGCAAACUAGGGUACUAGGAUUUUUCGGGGAACAACGCCCGAGUGUUUGCAGCACCGAUCGCUGUUGAAGGUGCUCCGGAAUAACUUGUGCGCUUCGCCUUUCUUUCCCGAGCCCGUCAUGGCGGUAUCAGCUGGUGCAGCACAGUCGAGCGUCCCGAGUUCCGUUGUGUGCGUUUCCCUGCGACCCAGCUAGGUCAGCGACAAGCUCCCUCUGAACUGCGGAUCUAGUUGGAGAGCCGACGAACUACAGAUUCACCGAUGAAGCGAAGAAGGUGAUAUGAGGUCGACGCUGUUGUAAGGCUUCGAGGACGGCUCUAACUCGUCCAGGGCAGGCCCCAUCGAGCUUUGGAAUGACCUCUGUCAGCCACUGGCAGAUUGACGACAUUGACGAUGCUCUGGCUGCGGACUUCGACGGCAGCCUCUCUGGCCUGGGCAUGGAGCUGGGUACAGCGUCGUUCAACAUGAGUGAUGCCUUGCUGGCCCUACCCAGCCUGUCAGCGGUCAAACAAGAGAUGCCUCGAGAGAAUGGCUAUGUUCUGCCAGACUCGCUCAAAGUUGCUGCUGUGAGCGACGGGGGCAGCAACAGCAGCGUGGGGCUUUCCUGCGAGCCCCGUUCCCUGGUGCAUGGCAAGAAGAACCGUUUGCCGCUCACUACGGAUGACGAUGUGAGCAGCGCCAUCAAACGCUUCUGCGUCAGCAGCUCCAGGGAUUCGGCUGACACUAGUCCUAGCCGCUGCCGGCACAGCUCGUCUGCUCCGGACCUGCGCAUGGCGGUGUAUCAGCCGGCGGGGCCCAUGUCGGUGCCGCUGCCCCGGCUGGGGGUAUCGGCCGGUGAGGUGUCGUCCCCUAGUGGCGGCUUCCAGUACUUCCUGGGGGCGGCCACCUCCAUCGCCACCAAGCUGCACGAGGAGACCAUGACCUACCUCAACCAGGGCCAAUCGUAUGAAAUCAAGCUCAAGAAACUGGGGGAUUUAACAGAGAUGAGAGGAAAGAUGCUUAAGAGUACCAUCCGCAUUGGAUUCCAAGAGCGUCGCCUUCAGUACAUGGAGAAGGAGCAGAUCAGCCAAUGGACACGCCAAAGGCCUGGAGAAAGGAUCCUGGAGGCGGACGUGCCCCUGUCGUACGGCGUGUACGAAGUGGUUAAUGCCCCGAGCAAAGUCCACUUCUGCGAGUUUCUCUGGGACCCCACCAAGGAAACGGGGGUCUUCGUUCGGCUGAACUGCAUCAGCACAGAGUUCACACCGAAGAAGCACGGGGGGGAGAAGGGGGUACCCUUCCGCAUUGUCAUCGAGACCUACUCUCACGGGGAGCCUGGCCCACCCCAGAAGCUUCACUCGGCCUCCUGCCAGGUCAAAGUGUUCAAGCCAAAGGGGGCAGACAGGAAGCACAAGACCGACCGGGAAAAAAUGAUGAAGCGGCCUCAGUCUGAGCAGGAGAAACAUCAACCAUCAUACGACUGCACUGUUUUUACCGAGCAGUGUUUGUCAGAGCCGGCGUUUGCCCCGGCCAGUCCACCCCUGGGCGCCGGCGGAAGUGGUGGCGGCGGUGGCAGCAGCCCGUCGGCAGUGGCCAUGGGCGCAGCAGGCUCCCCAGCCGUGCCCGCCGUGGCCCCAACACCGCCACCACCGCACAAGGCGCCCACCAGCCUGCCCUCCUCGGUAGUGUCGUGCUCGCCCCCCGACCAGCAGCCGCAGCAGCAGCAGCAGCCCCAGACACGGCCUGGCAGCAGCAGCUACUCCCCCGGGACGAGCGUGGACUCUUUCCCGCCUAUCCCCCUGCCCAUGCCCGACCAGAACCCAGGGACACCAGGGAGUUCCACAAGCGACGUGCUAGAGGUGUCCGAUGCAUCCCUCUCUUCUCCGCAGAACUAUCUGUCACCCAGCUGCCAGCUGUCAUCAGACGCCACUGCAUCUGAGACAUCCCAGUGGCUUCACCAGAACCGUUUUGCUGGUUUUGUUCGCACCUUCUCUAGCUUUUCAGGUGCAGAUGUCUUGAGGCUCACUCGGGACGACCUCAUUCAAAUCUGUGGCUUGGCCGAUGGGAUCCGGCUCUACAACGCUCUGCACUCCAGGAACAUUCGCCCAAGGCUGACCACUUACAUCUGCCUUGCUUCGGAACAAGUGUUCCGGGCAGUGUACCUGAAGAACCUGACAGUGCUGGAGCUGCUGACCAAGCUGGCUGACCUGUGCAGCCUCUCCCCCUUCUCUGUGCACGAGGUGUACGUCGACGGCCCCUCCGGAAUACACGUCCUGGUCACCGACGAGGUGGUGCGGAACAUGGCGGAUGAAUCAAUGUACAUCCUAGAACUCUUAAGAGGUCAGGAUGACGAAGGCUACAGCCUCUUGCUCAAGGCGUAUGGCAACGGCAGAACAUGAGACCGGCCAACGUCCUCCCAUCGGCAAUCGUGCCAACAGUCUACUUCUUGGCCAGCAGACCUCUGUCCUCUUCUUGGCAAUGGCUUGGAAAAUUAGCAAAGGAAGAGCUAGCCCCAUUCCAUAGAGAGUUCUUUUCAUUACCAUUUAUGUGAAUCUUUUGUACAUAGACAACAAAAAAAAAAAAAAUUUUUUUAAGCACUUAAAUUACAUAAAGUUUGGUAAUAGUACACACCAUUGAUGAUUCGAGUGUUUGAAAGGUCACCAAGACUUGCUAUCUUGAGAGGUCGCGAACGGGUCCGAUUAGUCUGACCCCCAAGCAAGCGGGGUUGUGGAAAUUAAGAGUUUUGUGGCAUACAGUGUAAAGAGAGAACAGAGAAGUUGCUAGGGCUGUUGGCAAAGCAAGACAUGCUUGUUUGCAUAUCUGUUUUUUUGUUUUUUUUUUAAUCCUUUUUUAAUAUGUCCAUUCAAAUAAACUAGAGGGAACUUCCCAUGAUGUAGUGCUACUAGUUUCCAUAUUUUAUUAGUUGUAGUGAGUGAACAUAGGGGUCUUUUUGGUUUUAGGUAUAAUGGUGAAGUUUGGCUUCCUUGCUUGGUGCUCACCUUUUCUUUUUCUGUGCAUUUUUGUUAGUAACAAUGUGCCAUUUUGGCAUGCAUGUUCCUGGAAGAGUAAAGUUUCUAAGCUCGGGUAAUUUGGGGAUUUGGUUGGCAGAGAAUGUGGUACACAUCCUCUUUCAAAUCUUGGUGAUCAACCCUUUCUGAAUUUCCUUUGGCCAGUGUGGAUGAUGUAAUUAGCAGAGCAUGUUGGUGCCAAAUCAUGUAGCAAGUGGAACCACUGUGUGUAUUUUCUUGCUCACAUGCUACACAUGCUGUCGAAAGAGGGAUGAAGGAACUUGCAUUGGCUUACAGUGAGCGAUAUCAUGACUUGUGAAUAUUGCUAAGAAGAGCAUUUAUAUCAGACAUACUUGUUCUCUACAAACAUGGCAACGGCGGAACGGAGCACUGGUUUCGAACAUUUAAACUUGUGGUACAAAACUUUUCAUCUCAUUGGAGCCAAUGUCUUUCUAUGACAAAGCUGCUUGUGACACCUGAAGUGGGACAUUUUUGUCAUGCAUUUGAUCGAGACAUGGCUUUUUUUUUUUUUAUGCUGCAUCACUUACAAAUAAGAACCAUUACAUUUUUUUCACUCUUGUGCAGCUUGUGCUGGCGUAAGUAUUAAACCAAUAUGUGCUUUGGAAAUGUACUUGAUUUCUAUGUCACCAAUUUCUUCAUGACCUUGCCCAUCAAACUACAGUGGGCUCGGUAACUUUGUAUCUAGUUACUAUAAAGUUUCCUCUGGCUUGUAUAUCUGCUGCUUUUGGCUUCCUAGAUCCGUCUUGUGUUGAGGGUGCUUGCUCUUUAUACCUUGCACUGCUAGUUUAGUGACUGAAUUCAUGCUUGCUCAGGUGAAAAAACAUGCACCAAGUUUUAUGUGGUCGCUGAUAGGUUUCAAGUUUGGAGGUGUGCUGGUCUGUGAUGUUCUUUUGUUUCUUGUUGAUUUUGAAUGUCCUUGCUGUCCCUUUCGCCUUCAUUUGCGAUUGACCGCUAGCAGAAUGGGUCGAGCAAAGGGGGAAACGCGCCUUGUUGCUUGUGUACAGAGAGCUCUAUUUUCUUGAGAGAUGGUUUAUCCAGUUGCUUGGUGUUGGGACCACAGUAUGUAGAGCACUUGGACAAAGGUGCUAGCGGAUGGUUUGAGCAUUGAUCUCAACUUGCAGAUGUGUUACAUCUGAAUUAUUUAUAUAUUAUUGGUUUGACACUCGACGCUCAACCUGACAGAUGAGUUCUUUUCUGGAAAGAGGGAGGGGAGGGGGGGGGGGGGGGGGCUUAUCUCCUGUUAGUGCAGCUGGAAUUUUAAAUUCCCCAGAAAAUGGUGUCCUGACUGAAAAUUUCUUAUGAGCCUUUGUUGUUUGUAGGCCUCUUCAUUAUUUCUCUAUCUCCAUAUAUGGGUUUCAUGUUCUAUAGAUUUACACAAUAGGGAUGACCAUUUCAGCUAUUUGUUGUAAAACUUGUUUGACAAUGUCUCAACCAGAUGCUUUUACUCCUCUAUUUACAUUAAAACCAUUGACUUAUCCACUGGGCACAUUUUCCUUAUGCUGCAAGUUUUUAAGUAUUAUGCUAUGAUCUGGCUUGUGCCUAUUUGUGUCUAAUGUUUCUUAGAGAUCUCCCUACUACAUCACCUUUGUUUGCUCAUUUUUAUGAGACUAUUCUGAACAUACAAAUACACCUCCGAGACAUGUUUAUACAUUAGGGUUACACUAAGUGCGGUUGGUUACAUAUGUUAAGGAACAUUUUCCCUAAACACCCAUUUAAAAACUAAGCGCAUUAUAUACUGAUCAACCAAAACAUUAUGACUGCCCACCCAUUACCACAUUGAUUCAUCUUUAGCAGGCAAAACAGUUGCAACCUGUCUUGGCCCGGAUUUUGCAAGUCCUAGUUCACUGCCUUGAUCAUGAUUGCACCAGAUUUGUAAGCACAUGUCGCAUAAUUCCUGUAGAUUACGAAGAGGUGGUUUGUGAGCUCUGAGCUGGUGCCCUGUCACAUCCUAGAUGUGCUCAAUAGGACUUACAUCUGAUGAGUUAGGUGGCCAGGACAUCAGAUGGAAUUUGUCAUUGUGUUCUUUAAUCCACUGUAGUACAAUUCUGACCUAGUGACAUGGAGUAUUGCCCUAUUGGAAGAUUCCAGUUCCAGUGGCAAAGACAAGCCAUGAAUGGGUUUAACUGGUCAGCAGUGAUCCUGAGAUUACUAUCUGCCCUUUGUCGAAGCUGCUUAAAUCAGCAACCUUUCCCAUUACACGCACGCGGAGUCAACAUAAUGAUACUUUUGUACCCCUGGCAACUGUUAUCCACAAAGGAUGAUAGAUAAUGCAAAUGUCAUAUCAGCUAGAUGUGCUCAUUUCCACAAUGUACGGGUGGCCAUAAUUUUUUGGCUGAUCAGUGUAGUAUGGAGCACAAUGGCUGUUGCAAGUUUGGUCACUCCACUCAAUGCUUGCAGAUCGCUAAGCAGCAAAACUAUGAUUGUAAGAGACUGCACGCUUGCAAAUUCUAAUGGGCUGAUCUUUUCUGCCAUUCAUAGGCCACUGUGCAAAAUUUUAAAAGAACAGUAAGGUUGUUGGUGACAUGAUAUGUCAGAAGUUUAUUCGAAUGUUUCCACCUGGAUUUUUACAAGACCUCAUUAUAUUUUCCACCUUUGUAAGGUAGCCAUAUGGAGCAGGAUCUGGUGAAAGCUGCCAGUGCAUGUGAUUCACCGACAACCGAAAUUAUCUCCGACUAUUGCAUGGAAGUUUACAGUAUUUAUGCAUAUUUCAAUAUACUAUUCCAGAAUUAGUGUUUUGCACUCUUUUAACCUUUCCCUGGGUGUGGGCUGAGCUGUCCCAUCAAAACUAUUAGAUUGUGUAUGUAUGCAAUAUUCCAGAGAUCAUAUGUUUGAAAAGCUUUGGCGGGUGGUGGAAUGGUCUAUGGUGCAUUCACUUGCGAAAACGGUUUAGUAUGUGGCUUUAAAAUGCAAUGCACUCUAUGGUUAGUAUGUCUUCAUUCAGCUUUGACAUUUUGAAGACUUCAUUUUGCGGUGUGGGUCAUCUGCAUAAAGUAUUAGUGCCAAGUGUUACAAAAUUCUAUUGGUUAUUUUUAGCAAAUGUGCAAGAAGAUUGCCCCUUUACCAUUCAUAUGAGCAACUUUUGGAUCAUUGCGUAAUUGUGUAAAGUUUUAUUUGUUUUGUUGGCUAUAGCUGGGGAAAUGUAUUUCCUAGGUCUUUAUUUGUUUUUCUUGGCAUGUUGAGUGUAAUGUUUCUACACUUCCCAUUGGCCUGGCUGCAGAAUUGGAGCUUGUGUAUCUGCAUCAAGGGGUUUCUUUUCCUGCCAACGCCUCUAGAAAGACAUCUGUAGACAACAAUCUGAUUGUGUGCCUUCAGUGCCCCGUCCAAUACCUUUUAGGAGUGACUUUCUAACCCCAGUUGCUGGGAAAUUGACAGAAUUCUUGUGUUUGUUCAAGAGAAUGCAUUCAUGUUUGCACAGCCUCUCACUGUCUCAUCAUUUUUGUGCUGGUGUCAAAAAACCUGCUGUAAACAUUCUAGAAGCAGUGCCUGGUGCGCUUGCAGUUUUUGUGUCUUGUUGAGCAUAGUGAAUACGUUUCGGCUGUUGCUUUUUCGUCAGAGGUGUUUAUGUACAAAAGAUUCAAACAGUAGCCAUGAGGUUGAAGAUCAUUCAUUUCAAAAUAAAAGAAGGUUGCUAAAAA